GUUAGAGCUCCAACAUACACUCAAACUGUGCGCGUAUAACUAACUCACCAGUCGAGUGUUGGGCCAGCAUAAAAACUUUCUUUAACCUACUUUCCUAUAGUCGCGAUCAUCUUUCGCCUCUCACCGUCGUUGAAUUAAUUUCAGUGUGCCAUGUUUGGUGGUUGGUAGUGGUAUGUGCCCUACCAUUGAGUUCCCUGUAGUCCCGUACGUUCGCCGCGGUGGUGGGAAAGUGUCGUGGGGAUACGGUGGUCGUGAAUGACUCAAGUGGGACAGUGGUUUUUUACUUUUUUUACCCGCUGAUGCGGAAAAGUGGACUAUGUGUGACAUGCAGAAAAUGCCAACAAGAGAUGAUGAUUCUUGGUAGGCAGACUUCUUCAUAUGAAUGACGAAGACUCUGAGAUGAAUUUUGCUGCAUUCUCAGCAGUGGGAAAUGCUGGGACACACUUUGUGACGACUGGUGGCCAGUUGCCCGUCACAAAGUUGCAGCAAAAUGUCUCUAAUAACGGAACACUAUCUCAGCAAUACAAUAGUGGAACAGUAUGUCUCUCAGGUGGUGGGCAUGGUGGGCGGGGUGAACAUGGGCGAGGGCGUGCAGUACGUGCGCGCCAUCGACGGCGGCGCCGCGCUGCAGGCCGCGCCGCAGCUGCUGUCCGUGCCCAUCGCGCUGCCGGGCGCCAAGCCGGGUGACCCGCAAUCGACCGUACAGAUCCAAGUCCUGAGUCCAAACCUGACACUCCAGCAACAACAACCCAAGUACCAGAUGCAAAUACCUAUUCAAGGCUUCCAACAAGGAGGAGCAGUUCUCACAGUAGCAUAUUCUCCAGAUGGCAGCGAUGGCGGAGGAAUUCAGCUUAUAGGAAACACAUUACCUGAAGGUACAUUCAGGAUGCGAUCAGGUCUCCAAGUACUGGCAGCAUUGCCUCAGGAAAUGCAGCUUAUUCAUCAGCAACAAACACAAGAUAAUAAAGAUCAAAUACAGCAGAACAUACAACACCAGGUGUACAUAACGCCUAACAAUCAAAUAAUCAUCAACGGCCCAGAUACAAAGACGCUAAACAACAACACGAGCGCCAACAACAACAACACUGAUAUCAUUAUCAAGGAGGAGUGCGAAGAAAAUAACGAUGACGAAAGUUCUCAAAGCACCGAAGCAAGUGAUAAUAAAUCAUGGCAAUUGGGAACUUCUUCUCAAGAUAUCGUUAAAUAUCUCAACACAUUACCACCACAGCAAACCUUACCUGUCUCACUACAGCAGUUCUUACGACUCAAUCCUACUGAGAUUAAGAAGGACGAAACUCCCGAUGUAGAAAUGACAAAUGUAGAAAUUAAAAAGGAGGUUGUCACUGAAGCCGUUUUAGAUGAAGAUGGUACUAUUCGUAUUCAAAACAAGAAGAAAAAGAAAUACAAGAAGAAGCCACCUAAGCCCGCAAGGCCAAAGCCUGGUCAAGUAGUUAUAGCAACUGCAGCGGAUGGAACUCCCAUUUACUGCUGUCCAGAGUGCAACAUGGCUUACCCAGAAAAGAGUCAAUUAGAAAUGCAUCUUUCUGUACAUAAAAUUGAAAGGAGAUUUAUUUGUGGGAUUUGUGGAGCCGGUUUAAAGCGUAAGGAGCAUUUGGAAAGGCAUAAGCUUGGACACAACCCAGAGCGGCCCUACGUUUGUGGGGCCUGCGGGAAGGGCUUUAAGCGACGCGAACAUCUCAACCUGCACGCUGUCAUACACUCCGGCGUUAAGACCGAGCUCUGCGGGCAGUGCGGCAAAGGUUUUUACCGCAAGGACCAUCUCCGUAAACACACGCGGUCGCACGAGACCAAGCGAGCAAGAGACGAGGCUAAUAACGAUGUGAUAGAAGUUAAAAACCAGGCUUCGUCACCAACUCCCAAUACUUCAAAUAUUUCUACUAACACAAACACUAUUUUGCCAGAGAUUACAAUUCAUGUGCCGACGAGCUCGAACAUGGCGAUGCCGGUGCAGAUCAACAUCCCGCAGCACGUGAUGUCGUCGCUGGCCGCCGCGCAGGUCGCGCACGACGCGCACAGCGACGCGCACGCGCAGCUCGACGCGCUGCUCGCGCACCACUCGUGACCGUCUGCAUAUGAAGACAUCUCUACAGAGGCGAGCGGACCCUCCGCGUAGACAUCUCUAGUAAUUUUAAUCGAAUGAAGGAUAAUAUUUUAUCCUAUUUUAAUUACAUGUACCUAUUGAUAAAAUUAUUCGAUCGUUUUUAAAGUCCACUCAAAUCGUUGUCCAAAAUAAUGUAUUAAUAUCUCCAUCUCGUAACAUUUAAUAUUCGAUAAAAGCGUUUAUGUCGUUAUUAUAAAAAUAUCCUUUUUAAAUACUUUUUAAUCAUAAGUGUGUUGACAUUUUAUCGCUAUAAGGCCUUGCUUAUGAACGUUGUCGAGCGGGUGUUUAGUUAAACACUAAUAUGUCAGUUUUAUGCAAUACUGGCGUGACAUUCGAAAGAAGACAGCAUCAUUAAAGUAAUCACCCUCUAAACAACAUUUAUAGGAAAAGCUAUUAGUAUUUUCUGCACGUCGUAAUAACAGAAAUAAGAAUCGAAAAUGUUUUACAAACAAUUUAAAUGCUUGCUAUCGUUUACUUGUUGUUACUUAACAUGAAAACAAAGUCAUUUUGUUGUGUAAAUAUAGUAUCAUGUCAAUCAUUAACGAGGUAAAACGAAUAAUUUAAUUUAAAAAAAUGAAUAUGAAAUACAAAUGAAUACAUCCGGCAAUGAAUUGUUGAAUGGCAAAUGUUGAUCGCUCCGAGAGUCGAUCAGCUGCAAGGAAACAGAAGACGAUCAUGUAAAAUAUUCGUAAGAGAAAGAACAUAUGGACUGAAAUGUAUUUUUACAUUUAUUAUAUAGACUUAAUCCACUCGUUGAAAUAUCGAAGCAUCGUUCUAAGUAAAUAGUUAUCAUACUCGUGGAUUUCCAACAAAAGUUUAAUUUGAUGGAGUUUACUACACGUUUUAGUGUAGUUUACCGUGAAGACAACUUUGGCAAUUUGUAUUUAUGCUUAGCGCGGUAGGAACAUUAGGCAAUGUCAGCCAAUAAAAAUUAAUUGUGACAGAUAUUUUCAAUUAAUAUAAUAAUCACUUAUGAACGGUUUGUCCAUCAGGGCACUUUUAAAUUAGGCCUCGUAACGUCGACAAUUCUACCAUCGGUAAGCAAAACGAAUCGUUUCUUAGGUGUAUGUAUUCAUAGCUGUUAUAAAGUUUAUCCAAAACGAUAGUUAUACCAUACAAUAACUAUUCGACUAUGGCAAAGUCAAAGGGGACACGGUUGUAGCGAAUUAUGUCUAUGUAUAGCCUAUUCCAAUGGACGUAGGAAAAAGAUAAACAAACCUUAGAUGUACGUAUUUCAUGCGAUUUGCUAAUAACUCGGCUAUGUUGUGCACUACUAAGAGUUUACGAUUAAUAUAUUUUUAUUUUUAAUACUACACUAGUGCACUUAACCACUAAUUUCAAUUUUAUUCUACGUCGAAAAUUCCGCUAACAGUUUCGUCGACGUUGAAAACGCCAUUUAUUCGCAAAUCCGUAGUGAAUAUCAUAGAUUAAUCAAGCCCUCGACCAAUGAUAUCGCGGCAAUUGGCUGUCAAAUGUUUUGCCAAAUAUAUUUGGCUUUUUCCUGUUAUGGUUGGAAUAGAGUAUAAGUACGUGUGCAACGGUGUUUGUAUGUAUGUUGAUCUGCAUGUUUAUCUGCUAGAAUUAUUUCGCUUGAUUGUAUUUUCAAAAUUCGCUCGCGAAUAUUAUCAAAUUGGUAGCCUAGGUAUUUUAUAUUUUUCUGCACAAUGACCAUGACUUUUUAUCGUAUGCCUUGGUUAAUAUUUUUUUAGCAGUAAAAGUACAAUCGUAUUCUAUAAAUAAAAAAUAUAUUAAAUAGAAAUAAAAUCGAUGUCGUACGAUGUGGGCUUGUACGGAAAAGUGAAUAUUUAUCUGACAAAUUACUUUUUUUGGCUGAUCAAUUAAAUUACGCGUACAUACAUAUCAAUUCAAUUAUGUAAUGAAACGGUUUCUAUCAUAAGGAUUCGUUUUUUCAAAUAAAUGCUUUUUAAUUAUGAUUGUAUAAAACUGUAGAUCUGCUUAGCUUUAUAGUUACUUGUCUUUUUAUACUGCUAUUCUUAGACUCGUUUAUUGGCGUUUGCUCUUCAAUUUUUGUAUGACAGUUAAGAUAUUCAAUCUUUAAAAUAACUCUGUAAAUAUUUAAGAAAAACUGCGAUUCCUUUUAACAUAAUGUAGCCGUGUUUUAAAAAUCAGUCUAGAUUUCACAUCUGUUAGACUUAGACCGUAUUUGAUUUAUAAAUAUGAAAUUCUUCUUAAACAAACUCCUGGUGAAUUAGAAGUGAUUUUAAGCCUAAGGGGUCCUUUUUAAUCCUUUGAUAAAAAAACACUUAUUACUAAAAACUACAACAUGUAGUUUUGU